GAAGGUUAAAAAGAAGUUAUCUCGGCCUAACUGUUUUUUUUUUCACUUUCACAGAAAUUGAAAACUUGGAUGACUCACCCUAACCCGGUCCCGACUCUAACAUUUUUUCAUGGGCUUUGCAAAUGAUUCAAAUUCAACUAGAUUUUGUGGAUUUGGCAUCACAAGGCAUUUAACUCAAGUUUGACUUUGAUCUCCACUUGGCAUCUAUAUCUACCUGCAUUUUACUUUUUAGCUCAAAAAGUUUAAAAAGCGAUUUGUUGAUAGACACAGGACUGGUUGGUACUCCAAACAGGAUUAGCAUUAGCGGAGUAUGAUUGAUGAAGUUGAAUUCUGGACACAAAUAGAUAAUUUGACUGAAGAUUUGAAGAAAGAAGACAGAGCUCGCAAGCUGAGAGAACAGUUUUGCCAAACAAGAGACCUAGAAGCUGUGAAAUGUGUGAGAACAAAAUGCAUUGGGAGUCAAGAUGUAUUGCACAGGAUAGAAGCUGUUGUAGAAAACAUAGUGACUUGCAUUGCCAGAGGAGAAGCACCACAUCUUAGCUACUGCAGGAGAAACAGUUGGGAUAGUGUUAGUUUCAGAGAAGAUGUCGGACUGGAGAUGAAGGAUGAUGGAAAGAUGACUGAAGUGAGAUUUGAUGUACCUACUUCCACAAAUAAGUUUGCUCUUAUGUUGAAAGUUCUUGCCUUAUGCUACAGGCUUGUACAGACCGAUACAUAUUCAACAAAGAGAGACCUGUACUACAGCGAUGUUCAGUCAUUUGGCAGUCAGUCAAUUGUUGAUGACAUCGUUGAUAACCUAUGUUGUCUGUUGCAAGUUCCAAGACGAUGCCUUCAUAUUCUGGCUACGUCAAAAGGAUUGGUCUAUGGGGACCUACGCUUUACUGAUGUUUCUGGAUCCUACAUUGAUUGCAGCAGGAAUAGAACAGGAACACAAGUGCCAAAUCAUGUUGAAGGAGUGACAAACAUCCAAAGUCACGCUAGAUUUGUGUUGAUUAUUGAGAAAGAUGCUACCUUUCAGAAGAUAAUUGAUGAUGGUCUGUUGGACAGGAUACCUAACUGCAUCAUCAUUACUGGUAAAGGAUUCCCUGAUAUCAACACGAGAAUGCUGGUCCGUACGCUGUGGGACACCAUGCAUAUACCUGUAUUUGCUCUUGUAGAUGCUGAUCCCCAUGGGCUAGCAAUUCUCUUUGUAUACAAGUUUGGAUCAAGGUCUUUAAGCUACGAAUCUCACAGCUUAACAGUCCCAUCCAUACGAUGGCUUGGUGUAUUGCCAUCGGAUGUGAAAGGAUUGAGGAUCCCAGAGGAAGCACUCAUACCACUCUCUCCAUCAGAUCUGAAGAAAGCUUCUCAUCUCAUGAGAAGACCAUUCUAUAAAGAGCUCCCUCAGUGGAUGUCAGAGCUUCAAGAAAUGAUGAGAUCAGGAUACAAGGCUGAGAUCCAGAGCUUGACGUCGAUCUCAGAAACUUUCCUCACUGAUGUAUACCUACCAACCAAAUUAAGAUGUGGAGGAUGGAUUUGAAAAGAACUGAGGAACUGAGAAAAUAUGGUUUAUUAUAUCAAAUUGAAUUGAAAAGUAAUGUUCUAUAACCAAUGUACAUGUACCGAUAUUGUAGUCUUGAUUGGUUUAUAAACUAUGAAUUCAUUAUUUCUUGCUAUGUCUGUGGGUGCUCUUUAUGUUUGACUUUUAGUUGGCAGUGGUUGUAUGACUACCAGUAUGCAAAAAAUGUGGAAAAUUAAAGUAGAAGUGAAAAUUUGAAGAAUAUUUUAAAGAGGAAAAAAAGUUUGAAUAUAAGAAGGAUAAUUGGCUAUUUGAUUAUAUGAAUAUGUAAGGAACAUACAUGUAGCCUCCUGGAUCCUAAAAAUGAUUAGUUGUAAUAGUGAUUUGUGUAACCUUGUAAGUUGUUUUGGUCCAGAAGCUAUUGAGUGCCGAAGUGAUGAUGUCACCAAAACUUUUCUCGCAUUUCAGAAUUUUAUACCAUAUUUUGGUAGAGCAUGAUGAUAUGCCCCCACUACCAAAUUUUGGUGCAAAUCGAUCCAUGGGGGCCUGAAAUAUGACCUCAUGAAUAUAAAGUCAAUGUUUUAUUGGCCGGGUUCCAACGUUUAGAACUAGGCCAAUAAUAAAUUGACUUCAAUGGGGCUAAUUAUGUAUUCAUGAGGUUAUACAUG